UUCAGCAAACCUUUCGGCGCGAAUGAAAGCACAGCGUCAGCUAUCGUCGUCUCAUGGAAUGAGCAGACGUCACUUGUAACAGAAUGAAAUUGAGCCCACCUAAGUUCUUUGCACCAGCUACCUUCCGCUUUUUUCAUGGUGGUCAUUUUCGAUCCCCAGCUACCCUUCAUGUCUCUCCGGAAUCGAAGAUUCGAAAGGGAUCGAUAAGAUGUUGCUAGACUCAUGCAAGCUUUGGUUGCCACAGCACUGUACAAGACACCUGAAUAUAGAAACUUUGAGAUGCGAGAAGUCUUUUGACAGUAACAGGACUCACGGAAUUGAGCCUCUAUGCGAUCAUUGGACGGUUCGAACAAGGGUGGAUUUCUACUGCUGGGAAAAUUUUUAAUGCUUUUCUUUGAAUCGAAAGUAGAAUAUUACGAUUCCUCAUGCCACAGAACCACCACAGAGGCUGCAAUCAGUACUACCAGGCCUAUUCUCAUGCAGAGAUGAUUCUGAGUGUGCAAAGGAGUAUAAGUGCUUGCAGCACCUUGUGACUGUUCGCCUGAUACUAGUUCUUCAGCUACUGAAUGGCUUGCUGUUGAGAUCCACUCCAAACGAUCUUCCUUCUGCAAAGAGACGAAGCGGAUCAGAGGUUUGCUGAUUUUCAAAGACAAUCUCCACCACAAGAGCGAUCGGAUAACAGAUGAUGAUAUCAAUUAAAACUUAUGAGUAUCCUCUGCUCAUGAUACGGUCGAGAUCUGCGGACAUAUUUUGAAUGCAGAGUAUGGAUGGAAAUCGAACUUCGAGAAACGGGCAAUUUGUAACCAGCAGUGAUCGAAAUGGAUAGACGCUCGACCCAAAGGACUGCCCUGACUGAGAAAAAUCACGGAGUCUGCUAAAAUUGAGGCAGCUUCUUCGCUCGCCAGACAUACGUCGGUGCAGCUAUCCUGACAUUUCGCCUCUUGUUUAUGAGCAGAGUUAGAAGCCGCAUCAAUUGCCGGGUACAACACCGCAGUAGAAAACAGCUCCUGUUGCUCUUUCCGCUUAUGUUUCCAUAUGUCUACCUCUAUAUCUUUAUUUUGUACAUCCAGAGUUGUGUUUACAGACUAGUUUGCUUCUUGACUAUGACCUACGGGGUCGUCAUAUUUCCUUACUUCUUCCUAUGGUCGAAUGUAGAUCCAUCAGAUCUACCUAUAAGACGCAUUAUUUGUCAGUUCUCGCCAUUCUAUAAGUACUGUGCAUAGACUUUGCCUAUCUUGUCAUCUACAUUCUUCAUUAUGGUGAGCAUUUCUGUUAAACAGUCUUGGAGCUGACAGUUGUAACCAGUCCUUCAAAAUUUGGUUGCAUUCUGCGCAACUUCUCCAACAUUUCUGGAUAGCGACGCUUUCGGCAAUUGGAACGAUUAACCGUGGAUAAUAGAUGUAGAAUGUAUAGUCGU